AACGAAAUCAUUCUGGAACAUAAAACCUGGGUGGAAGAGCUGAAGAUGGAGAAAGAGUACCAGCUGUGUCUUAAAGAAAUGAAUUACGAAGAGAAGCUCAAGGAGCUCACUGAGAAGUUCAACCAACAGAUGGAUUCGAUUACAAAACAAAACCAGGUGCUGAAUUCAGAGAAGGACAAGCAGAAGAGGCUAAAGGCUAUUACAGGGAGAGCUGCUAAAGAGCUGCAGGAUCUGGAAUCUCUGGAGCUGCAGCUGAGAUUGCAGAGGAUAAAGAAAAACUAUGAGAAGAAGAUGCAGAAGCUGAAGGACGGACAUGCGCGAGCCCUGGAGGACAUCAUGCAGGUCAAGCUGAAGGAGAAGGAGCUCGAGUUGGGUCAUGUACGGAAUGGCCCCGCCCACCGCACCGCCCCUGACCACACCCACAUUGCUGUCUGAAAACAAACUGAAACUCAAACUGUUAUUAAUGAAGGACUAUAAUAGCCACAAGUUUCACACACACACACACACACACACACACACACACACACACACACACACACACACACACACACAUAUAUACACACA